AUGGCAAUGGAGUCCAUAACCACCCCCUCCGCGUCCUACACCUCCUCCGGACCCUCAGCACACAAACACAUAUGGUUCAUAACCGGCCCCGCCGGCUGCGGUAAAUCAACCGUAGCCUCUCACCUAGCCUCCACCCUACACCUCCCCUUUCUCGAAGGCGACGACUACCACACCCCCGAAAACAUCUCUAAAAUGGCCACCGGCACCCCCCUCACCGACUCCGACCGCUGGGACUGGCUCUCCGCCCUCCGCACCGCCUCCCUCUCCACCCUCUCCCCCCCCUCUCCCUCCGGCGUAAUCGUCACCUGCUCCGCCCUCAAGUGCAAAUACCGCGACGUCAUGCGCGUAGCGCCCUACCACGAUCCUCGAGUUCUCGUACACUUCAUCUUUCUGUCAGCGAGUGAAGAGACGCUACUAAAGAGAGUAGAGGGACGCAAAGGGCAUUACUUUGGGAAGGAUAUGGUGAAGAGCCAGUUGGAGAGUUUGGAGGUGCCGGUGGGGGAGAGGGAUGUGGUGGUUAUUGAAGUUAGUGUGGGGAGGGAGGAGGUGGAGAGGAGGGCGCUAGAGGUUGUUAGGGAGACGAUGGGGGUGGAGAGGGCGAAGCUUGCUUGA